AUGAUUAUUGACAUUCAUUUAGAAGUCUUAGACCAAUGUCAAAAGGGGGACCUGCAUUCGACGAAGGAAGACUUUUUUGAAAUUUUGGUUCAAGAAUUUAUGGGAAGCAAGUCUAUAAAGGAGGAAGAUGUUCCUAAGGAAGGUGUUCCUGGGGAAGAAGUUUCAAGUUUAGAUUCCGGGUUUAGGAAGAAAGGCUUUCUUCCCAAGGAAUGGUGUUCCUAA